GCGCUGACGGCCGAUGACUGACGACUGACAGUGCUUUGGGACGCGCUGUCAGGGAGAGAUGGCAACGGUCAGGAUCUUGUCCCUCACACUACUGACGUGGGCGGCGCAAGGCGUGGGCUGUGUGGGCGGAGAGAGACCCGUGGUCAGCCUACCCCUUGGAAAACUCAUCGGGCGUGAAGAGGAAUCCACGGACGGGCGGCCGUUUUACUCGUUCUAUUCCAUUCCCUUCGCCGAACCGCCCUUGGGACGGCUUCGGUUCAGGGACCCCGAGCCGAGCGCAGGCUGGGAGGGCGCGAGGGACGCCUCCGCCGCCCCCCCGCCGUGCGUGCAGAUCCCCUUCUCCGCCACCGAGACGGGGGACGCCUCCGUCAUCGGCUCAGAAGACUGCCUCUACCUCAGUGUCUUCACGCGACAGCCAAACGUUCCCGACGCCCGCCUCCCUGUCAUGGUGUACAUCCACGGGGGCGGGUACUUCGCAGGCAGCGCUGACAAGUACCCGCCUCAUGUCUUGCUCAAUGAGGAUAUUGUUAUGGUAUCGCUACAGUAUCGGCUUGGUAUCAUGGGAUUCCUAUCGACGGAGGACUCAGUGAUCCCCGGGAACUUCGGCUUGAAGGACCAGGCGCUAGGACUCCGCUGGACGAAGGAGAACAUCCGCUUUUUCGGCGGGGAUGCCUCGCGGAUCACCGUCUUCGGGAUCAGCGCCGGGGCGGCCUCGGUGCACUUCCUGGUCCUCUCGCCCAGCACGGACGGAUUCUUCCAGAGAGCCAUCCUCCAGUCAGGGGCGGCCGUGUGUCCCUGGUCCCUUGGGCGUGCGCAUCGCGAGACCGCCCACCGCAUCGCCGCCCGCCAUGGCUGCCCCGCCCACGAAGGCUCGCGAAAGGUUCUGCAAUGUCUCCAAGGCGUCGCUGCCGAAGAAGUUGUGGCGACUUUAGUGGAGUUUUUUGAAUUCCUCCACGUGCCGCUGGUGAUGGGGCCUCGCGUGGACGGAGACUUCCUGCCUGACGAGCCGGAGGUCCUGCUCAAGGAAGGAAGGCACAAGAAGGUGGACUUGAUCUCGGGAAUCACAGCUCAUGAUGGCGGCCUCUUCGCGUUCGGCUUGUACGGCCACCAAGAACGCCUCGAACACUUCCGUCGGCAUUUCCCCUCGUCCGGAUCCGUGGCCCUUGACUUCCACCCCGAGGACGACGCGCCGCUCGAACUCACGCGAAAAGUGUUCGAAUUUUACUUGGGAGACGCCGAGGUGGGAGUUGGCAACGCUGAUCAGGUGGUUAAGAUGUUCACCGACCGGACCUUCGCCGUCUGCCACGACCUGACCCUCCUGCACCACGCCCGCAGUGCCCGCGGCGCCCACCGGUCCUUCGCCUACGAGUUCGCCCACCGAGGGGACCACUCCCUCGGGGAUGCCUUCGACGCCCCCUUCGGCAGGCACUGGGUGACCCACGCGGAUGAUGCCUUUUACUUCUUCACGGGUGGAGGCACCUGGCAACCCCUCACCAGCAGUGAGGAUCUGGCUGUGAGGAACAUCGUGACGUCACUAUGGGCCAACUUUGCUGCUACUGGCGACCCAACACCCGAUGACUCCCUCGGCUUCAAGUGGGCGGCGGCGAACGAGACACAGCUGCACUACCUGUCCCUCACGCCCACGCCCACGAUGCAGGACGACUCGCGGCGCCAGGUGCGGGAUUUCUUCGGCGGCCUCGCCACGCGGCAGACCCGUCUCCUGAGGGCGGGCGGACGAGGGGGCGCCGAGGGAGGGGCACGGGGACAGGAAGACGAUAAAUCCUUAGAAAAGGAAGAAUUGUAAAGGAUUCUCUUGCAUAUAUAUAUAUAUAUACAUAUAUAUAGAUAGAUAUAGAUAUAUAUGUAUAUGUAAAUGUAUAUGUAGACACACACACACACACACACACACACACACACACA